AUGCUUCUUGCCUUGCUUUUUUCAUUCCUAAUUUUUGAAAGAGAAGUUGAGGGCAGAGAAAAAGCCGAUGAAUCUGAGUACGGUGACGAGGAAUAUGAAGAAUACGCUGUAAAUGAGUACUCUGAUAUCUCCGAAAAGCGCUUCCCAAAAGCAAUAAUUGUUGGCGUACGCAAAUGCGGAACAAGAGCUUUGCUGCAGUUUUGCGGUCUUCAUCCUCAGAUCGUACACGCAGAGCGCGAAAUUCACUUCUUCAACGACAAGGAAAAUUUCCAAAAAGGAACGACUUGGUAUCGUCAACAAAUGCCUCUCAGUCUGCCUAGUCAGGUGACCAUGGAAAAGACUCCUGGUUAUUUUAUAAGCGCUGAUGCUCCAAACCGACUCAAAGAGCUGAUGAACAAGGGCUACAUCGACAACUCCAUCAAGGGGGCGCGAAAAAUGAUUACUCACAAGAUCAUUCUUGUCGUUCGCGACCCCGUCGACCGAAUAGUGUCAAGCUGGGCGCAAAUCUUGGAGAACCGAGUCAAAAAGGGGCUGCCACCGCCAUCUGAAACGUUAGAAGAUCGAAUUUUGAACCGAGGAGGAAGAGUGAACCGACAUCAUAGUGCUGUGAGGACCAGCAUCUAUCUCAAGUGGUAUAGAAACUGGCACAGGCUUUUCAGAGGAAGGAUUUUGGUGAUUGAUGCAAAUGAACUCGUGGAAUAUCCUUGGAAGAGUGUUCAAAAAGUGGAAGAUUUCCUAGAGCUGCCAAAUCUGGUGGACGAGUCGGAGUUCUAUUUCAACUCAACUCGCGGUUUCUAUUGCAUGAAUAACGGAAAGGGCCCUGGCCGUCCAAAAUGUUUGAAUAAGAGCAAGGGUCGGGAGCAUCCGCCGAUUUCGACCAAUUUGAGGAAGAAACUCAAGCAGUUCUUCUACAUCUACAACAACGCAUUCUUCAAGAAAAUCAACCAAGACUUCGGAUGGAACAGAAACUGA